AUGGCCCGAAGCGCAAAGCGUUCGUACGAGGAGGUCGCAAAUAAGUCCGAUUCCGACGACGAAGACUACAGCGACCAUGCUCAGUACCAUCGCUCAACAGCCCGGAAAUCGAAGUCAAGCCCCAAGAAAAAAUCGCGCUCAGCCCCCAAAAGGCGACGACGCGGCUCCGAUGACGAUGGAAUCACCUCUGAUGAGGAGGAGUUCUCCGAAGACUUGUCCGUCGAAGAGGAGGAAGAAGAGGAGUCGAGCGAUUCUGAUGCCCCACGCAACGCCAGAGGAACGCGUCGACGAACCACUCAAAGCCACCGUCCAAUUUACGAAGAGCCUGAUUCGGAAGAGGUCAUUGAUGACGACGACGAAGGGACUCGAGCUCCAUCCCCGCGUCGCAGCACGAUUCUUAAACUCCGAGUUCCCCGCCACGCAUUGGAACAGCAACAGAAACAGCCAGCGCAGUACCAGGAAUACAGAAGACACAUGACUCGCCAUACUCGAGAUCCUUCAGAGGACAUUUACGCUCUUACAAACUCCGGUCGUCACAUGGAAACGGUCCAGCGUGGCACAGUGAGCCCUCCAGCUGAUGUGCCAUCACGUCGCACUUCCCGUAGCAAUCGCAACAAACACACCAUCAUUGACGAAGAAGAUGAGGAUGCCGAAGCCGAAGAGGUCAUAAACGAGACUACCCUCAAGGAUUCUAUGGAGGUCGUGGAAAGCGAUGUUCCUCAAGGCGGCGACGAAGGCGAUACAGUGCAAAUGAACGACGCUGAACAUGAACUGGUCGAUGAUGAUAUGUCCAACGAAGUGGUUGUGCCUGAAUCAGAAAACGGCGAUGCAAAGAACAGCCACAUUGAACCGACCGAUAAUGUUCCAACCACUCGACUUCUACGUGGCCGGCCACCGCAGACGCAAUCUCAUGAGCACAUCACGGAAGACGCAGAGGGCAAUGAAGACUCUCAGCUACGUCGUUCUAGCCGUAAACAGCCACCUCGGAGCUCGCAACGCACUGCCAAACUGGACAGUGACUUCGAACCGGAGGAGGCGUCUAACGAGGAAGAAGAAGACUCGGAGCAUGGAUCGGUUGCAUCUCCUCGCAAACAAAGUCGCUCUCGAGAAGAAGCUGAGGAUAGCUCUACCAGCCGCCGUCCAGGUUUGCGCAAAAGACCUUCUCGCUCCCGUGCACCAUCCGAAGAAGCGGAUGAACUUGCCGAAGAGCUGGAAGAUCUUCACGGUGGUCGCCGUUUCCGUCGUCGUGCAAAGCAAGCAGUCGUGUACGAAAAACCGCGACGCAACCGAAAGGACGUGGAUUAUCGUAUCAUUAGACCUGAACUUCUCCAACCCAAUGACGACAGUGACCACGAAGUGACCGGGUCUCCCUCACGGCGUGGUCGCGGAGGAGGUGGUGGCUGGCAGCGCACCUUGUUUUCGACAACAGGGCCAUUUGGUGGUGGUGGCAACUCGGCAAUUCUCGGUGCUCCCGGUGGUCCCGGAGCAGCAGCAGCAGGAGGAGCAGACAGCGACAGCAGUGAUGAUGAGGGCAUGCAACAGCCGACUCGCACUGGUCUUGGUCCUCACGGUGCCGUCGCGGCUACACACAACCAAUCAGCCGACACGGCUCAAGCCGCAUCUGGCACACCUGCCAACCUGGGCAAGUUUAAUAACAAACAAGCGCUGGCUGACGCAGACCCCCUGGGAGUGGACAUGAAUGUCAACUUUGAUCAUGUUGGUGGUUUGCAGGGACACAUUGACCAACUGAAAGAAAUGGUGUCUCUCCCAUUACUUUACCCGGAAAUCUUCCAGCGUUUCAAGAUCACGCCUCCACGUGGUGUCUUAUUCCACGGUCCCCCUGGCACCGGUAAGACGCUCAUGGCUCGUGCUCUGGCGAACAGUGUCAGCACUGAAGGACGAAAAGUCACAUUUUACAUGAGGAAGGGUGCGGACGCGCUAAGCAAGUGGGUUGGCGAAGCCGAGCGACAACUUCGUCUCUUGUUCGAGGAAGCCCGCAAGAACCAGCCCAGUAUUAUCUUCUUCGAUGAGAUUGACGGCCUAGCACCAGUGAGAUCCAGCAAACAGGAACAAAUCCACGCUUCGAUUGUUUCGACCUUACUUGCUCUGAUGGAUGGUAUGGAUGGUCGAGGCCAAGUUGUUGUGAUUGGUGCUACGAACCGACCGGACUCUGUGGACCCUGCUCUUCGUCGUCCCGGUCGUUUUGAUCGUGAAUUUUAUUUCUCACUGCCAAACAUUGAGGCUCGACGUGCCAUUCUUGAUAUCCACACCAAAGAAUGGGAUCCUCCGCUCCCAGGAAACAUCAAGGAUGAGCUCGCUGAUAUGACAAAAGGAUAUGGCGGUGCUGAUCUACGUGCUCUUUGCACUGAAGCCGCAAUCAAUGCUGUUCAGCGGAGAUAUCCACAAAUUUACAAAUCCGACCAAAAGCUCAUCAUUGACCCGAAAACCAUCGAUGUUGCGCCAAAGGACUUCAUGCUGGCGAUCAAGAAACUGGUGCCCUCCUCGGAGCGCUCUACUUCGUCGGGUGCAACUGCGCUUCCUCCGAAUAUUGAGCCUCUCCUCCGCCAUCCACUUUCCGAAAUCAAGAAUUUACUCACACAAAUUCUACCCCAAAGAAAGAAACUCACGGCCCUUGAAGAGGCCCAGUUUGAAGAGCCUAGCGACGGUGAAGGCUUUGGCCGAGAGCUUCUUCUACAAGAAUUUGAUCGCUCUAGGGUGUUCCGACCAAGACUACUCCUCCGGGGCUCUCACGGUAUGGGCCAGCAGUACCUGGCUGCUGCAUUGCUUCAUGUCUUCGAGGGCCUACAUGUACAGGCGUUUGAUCUCCCUACUUUGCUGAGUGACUCUACUCGCUCGCCAGAGGCAGCUGUCAUUCAGCUGUUUACAGAAGUGAAAAGACACAAGCCCAGCGUCAUUUACAUUCCCAACAUACAACUGUGGUCCCAAACAGUCGGACCUGCAGUGAUAUCGACAUUCAUGGGUCUACUUCGAUCAGUACCGCCUUCCGACCCUGUUCUCCUGCUCGGUAUCCUCGAGUCACAAGACGAAGAGAUCGACGAUGCCUUGCUGAAAAACAUGUUUGGAUUCUCUAAAAAGAACUUCUUUGAUCUAUCUGCUCCUGGGCAUGAGGCCCGCCGAGAGUUCUUUGCCAAGAUCAUUGAAUUUGUCAAAACUCCUCCCAAGGCAUUCCCGAACCCAGAUAACCGCAAACUCCGUCAACUGGAAGAACUUGAAGUUGCACCGCCUCCUCCCAAGGUUGAAGUAAAGCUUAGCAAAGAAGAGCUUAAGGCCCAAAAACGGAAGGAUUACCACACCUUGAACCUUUUGAAAAUCCGAAUCCAGCCCAUCAUGGACCAGGUCAAGAAGUACAAACGGUUCAGAACAGGCGUGAUCGAUGAAGCUUCAAUUCGGUACUUGUGGGAUGAGGAUGAUCCCAACAUCGUUACAAGCGAUCUCCCGCCUGACCAGCAGAGCGGUUUCCGGCCUUACGAAAAAUCACAUGAUAAACACGGUGUUUUGGGCCUUCGUGAGACUGCUACUGGAAAAUUCUUCUACAACCUUGAGAUUGUCACGAUCGAAAAGCGGCUGUCAAAUGGAUAUUACAAACGACCCAUGGACUUUGUUGCCGACGUGAAGCGGAUUGCCAAAGACCACCGUCAAACUGGUGAUCAGGAGCGCACGUUACGGGCCAAUGAACUUCUAUCAAACGUCGAGGUUGAUGUUGCCGGUAUUGUCGUUGCUGAUCCGGCUCUCAUGGCAGAGUGUGAGCAGGUCUACCUGCGUGAACUCGAACGUGAAAAAGAGGCAGCAGAACGCGCCCAGCGCGCUGAAGAACAGCGUCUCGAGGAGGCACCUAAUCAGCAGGGGGAGCUUGAUCCUGCUGCUGAGACUCACAACGCUGAGGCGAAUCAAAAUGGCCCCCAACAUGUUGCUGAUUCAUUCCCAGUCAAUGGUGAUGAUGAUGACGAUGAGAAGAAGCCUGUAUCGCGUCCAGUGACACCUGCUAACCAGCUGAGCUUCGCCAAUGGCAACUAUGGAGUCAACGGCGCCGAGCCCAACGAACUCGGCUCCCAUGGCCCAAGCAACGGCACACAUGGAGAAGCAGAAGAGGGUGAUGGCGAUGGUGACAUCUUCAUGUCCAAUUCUGACGACCACUCCGGUAGCAAAGAUACCCAAGGCAGCUCAUUUGGGCCGUCUGCGCAACCCAAGCCUCCAUAUUCCCACACUGCACCAUCUCAACAGGUGCGCCGGGAGUCUGGUCUCUCUAGCUUCUCCCAGCGAGGUCCAAUGACUCCAAUGGCUCCUGGCUCCCAGCCCGCCGAUUACACGAACGAAGCAUCAACCACCCAAACAACUUCUGAUAAAAAGUCAUCCGAGCAUCUUUCAAACCAACAAUACAGCACUCAAAGCCCUCACGUCUCAAGAAUCGAAUACCCCGACCUUACUCAAUACCCUGAUCGCGUGUCUCAAGAGGAUCAUCUGCCAGAUACCCAACAAAGCCAGCCCUCCCCCCGCCCUCGGGACUCACUGGCGAGCACUGUUGAUACCCAAGACAAUAGUGGUUUGAACGGGGGCCAAUCCCAGUCCAAGCCCCAGCCACCACUGUUUGAUGCGCCGAACUUGUCAAGCAACGCUUCCACCAACUUACAAUCGAUCAUUCAAGAGGAACCCCAUGCACCAUUUGUCCUUGAUCUGGACAUUGUUGAGAGAUUACACGAGCAGUUGACCCUGUCAACGAGUGGCUUCUCUGUGGAGCAACUUGAGCAGGUCAAUACCAGCCUGAUGGACUACGUGUGGCAUAUGCGUGGCGAAUGGAACCGAACUCUUGUUGCCGAUGGCCUUGGCAAGACGUACAAUGAUGUGCUCGAGGACAUGCAGGCGAUGCAAGAGAUCGGCAACAUCAGCCAGGCCACCAGGGACAUUCUCGCCAAUCUGAGCUUCCAGUGA